CAUAGACCAGUCAUCAAUACAAGGCUUCUGUGGAACAGGUCCUUCCUACUUACAAACACCACCAACUCUUAUUUGCUCUGCAUUCAUGGUUUCCUGUUCUUUGAUUUUGCAGACUCGAACAGCAGUGGUGAUAGUUUUGAGGAAGUGGAAAACGGGUCCUUGUCUCCAUCAGGAACACAGUCUCCUGUAAUCGACCGAAAUCCAUCACCACCCCCUGACACAGCUGAUGGAGAAGAAGAACAAUAUGUGGAUGCCAUUGGGGACACUGUUUACAGCAAGCACUGGCUUUUUAGCACCCUGACUCGCCUCAUUCAAAUUAUCUCUGAAUACUCAGAAGAUGACUCUGAUGGCCAGAUGCAGCUCUCCGAUAAUGAUGAGGAUGACCUGUGUAGAGUCUGGGAUAUGGCAAUGGACAAGAAUGUGGCCAGCUUUCUACAGGAGUUUAAAGCUGAAAAUAUCCUUCUUGGAGUGAUAGCCAAAUCACGCUGUCCACGUCUCACAGAAAUCUGUGUGGGUAUCCUUGGUAACAUUGCAUGUUUUCCUGAAACGUGUUUAACUCUUAGUCAAAAUGAAGACCUAGGCGCUGUGCUGUUGCUUGUUCUUGGAGAUACUGAUCCUCCGACACUUCUGGAAACAAACCGACUGUUGGUGACCUGUCUCUCUCAGAAAAAUGUUUCUUUACUGUGGCUUCAUCGAAUACGAGAGGCUUCUUCUGUGUGCUCCAAUCUGUGUUUCAUCAUGCGCAGUUCUACCAACAUGGACCUCCUCCUGAAGGUUGGAGAGCUUGUUGAGAAGCUGUUUGACUUGGACGAGCAACUGAUGAAGAGCUGGCUCACAGUUCAGCCAAGUGAAGAAGAAAAUGAAAACUGUCUGGAUGUGGUUUCGAGCCUUCUUGAAGCAGCCAUGCAGCUUAGGUAGGAAUCGAGCAUUA